GCACAUUCCUUAACAGGAGCACCUCCAGCUAGCUAGCUAGCUCCGUCCAUUGCAAUUUCACCCUGCCCUACAUCAACACCAAAAGGAAGUUUACCACAUUUUCCAAUGCAGGGAAAGAGAGAGAGAGACAGGUGUGUGCUAAUUACAAUGUUAAUUACUAGACAUGUAGUACAACAAACAGAGACAGGGGCAAUUAUUAGAGCCUAGUACAAGAAGAUCCCAAGCUCAUUCUCUCAAGCAAGCUUACAUACUUCAGUACUUACUUCCUCUACUAGCCUAGCCUAGAAGACAGCAAGAAGCCCGGCAAGCAGCCAAUUAACCGAGAAUUAACGGCGAAUCGGCGACCAUGCGGGCGGUGCCGGGCUGCGCGGUUCAGCAGCAGGCGCUGGCGGCCGAGGCGGCCGCCGUGGUGCGGAACGCGGUGUCCCUCGCCCGCCGCCGCGGCCACGCGCAGGUCACCCCGCUCCACGUCGCCACCGCCAUGCUCUCUUCUUCCCCGGCUCCGGCGGCGCCGGGGCCGGGGCUCCUCCGUGCCGCCUGCCUGCGUUCCUCCUCCCACUCCCACCCGCUCCAGUGCAAGGCCCUCGAGCUCUGCUUCAACGUCGCCCUCAACCGUCUCCCCACCUCCUUCCAUGGCCACGGCGGAUCCCCCACGGCGGCGCUGUCCAACGCGCUCGUCGCCGCCUUCAAGCGCGCCCAGGCCCACCACCGCCGCGGCAGCGGCGAGUCUUCUUCUCCGGCGCCGGUGCUCGCGGGCCAUGGCGGGGGAACCAAGGUGGAGCUCGAGCAGCUGGUGGUGUCCAUCCUGGACGACCCCAGCGUGAGCCGCGUGAUGCGCGAGGCCGGCUUCUCCUCCGCCCUCGUCAAGGCCAACGUCGCCGCCCUCGAGCGCGAGUCCCCCAAGCCCUCUCCGCCGUCUGAUCAUCCUCAUCCUUCUCAUUACACGGCCACGAGCACGAAGAAGCUCAACAAUGGCGUCGGCGGCGGCGGCAUUGAGGACGCGAUGAAGGUGCUGGAGUGCAUGGCGAGCGGACAGCACCGGUGCAUCGUGGCCGUCUCCGGCUCCGGCGGCGGCCAUGGCGACGACGGCGGCAGUGCGAGGGCAGAGCGGGCCGUGAAGGCGGUGAUGGACAUGGUGAGCAAGGCGGAGCUUCCUCAGGGGCAAAACUACAAGCAGCUUGCGUGCGUCCAGUUCGUGCCGCUCUCGGUAUCCUCGUUCCGGGCCGCGGCGAGGGGGGAGGUGGAUGCGAGAACCGGGGAGCUCCGUGGGCUCGCCCGCGAGGCCCAGCGGGCCGGGAAGGGCCUCGUGGUCGUGGUCCAGGACCUCGCCUUCGCCGCCGACUUCUGGGCCGAGGCCGGGAAGAGACCACGGGCCGAGGACUACUAUUGCCCCCUGGAGCACGCUGUAAUGGAGGUGAGCGGCUUGGUUCGCCAUGGAGGAGGAAGGUUCUGGAUGCUGGGGUUUGCGAGCGAGGCGGUGUUCUCGAGGUGCAGGGCAGGGCGGCCGUCGCUGGCUGACGUCUGGGGGAUCCACCCCGUCGUCUUCCCCGGCGACGGCGGCUGUUGCUCCUCAGGGGGGAGAUCAGCUGGGUGGCCGCCCUUGGUUGUCAUCAAUGGCGCCGGCGAGAUGUCGCCGACGUGGCCGGAGGAGCCGAUGAGCAUUAUUCCGCCGUGGCUCCGCCGCUACCAUGACCCGAACCUCGCCGCGCCGCCGAGCUCCUGCGGCACAGAUCUCCAGCAGUUGCAGGAUCUGUGGAAGCCUUCUAUGUGCAGCAAUGGAUCCUCUGCGGCGGCGCGCCACACGUCGGAGCUCACGCUGAGCUUCUCCUCUCCUCCAUCUCCGUCUCCGGUGCCGGCGGCUUCUGAUCACAACUACUACUACUCCAAGCAGCAGCCACGGCAAUUACUCGAUCCUCACCAGCAGCUGCAAUUGCGAGCAACGGCAACAACACCUAGCCCGCCGGAAUCCACAUCGGCGCAGUCGAGCUCAUCCGGCAGUGGCGUCUGCCCGCUGCGGCCGAGGUUCACCGAGCUCACAGCGGAGAGCCUCAAGACCCUGUGCGGCGCGCUCGAGGGGCCCCUCGCGCCGCCACGAAGCCGAGACCUGGCGCCAGCCAUCGCGAGCGUCGUGCUCCGGCGCCGGUCCGGCGUGACGACUCAGCGGAGGAGGACGGCGGCGGCGGCGACAUGGCUGGUGUUCCGAGGGGACGACGGCGACGGCAAGAAGGCCAUGGCCAUGGAGCUCGCGAGGCUCGUGUUCGGCUCCUACGCCGACUUCGCCUGCCUCACCAUCUCGGCUGAUCACUCCGUCGUCGGCUUCCCCAGCUCCGGCGAGUUUGUCCCGGCCACAAAGACAACGUUCAAGAGGCGGCGGAGUCGAUCACCGGACGACAACGUCCGCCAUGGUUGCGCGCAGAGUAUAAAGCUCUACGAGGCCUUGCGUGAGAACCCGCGCCGGGUCAUCAUGGUCGACGGCGCCGAGCAGCUCGACAUUGACAACGGCUGCGUCAAGGAAGCGAUCGCAAAUGGAAGGAUGAGAUGUAGUAGUAGCGUCGGCAAUGUCAAUGGCAAUGGUGGCGACUCGGUUGGUCUGGAGGACGCCAUCGUGGUGCUGAGCUUCGACGAUUCGAGGCCUCGGGUGAAGUCGCAGAGGGUACUCAUCGACGACGAGGAGGAAGGCGGCAGCGGUGUCGGGAUGGAAGAUGGGCUGGCGAAGAAGUCGCCGCCGAGAUUUAGCUUGGAUUUGAACGCGUGUGUCGCCGGAGACGAGGAAGAAGAGACCGGUAAUUUGGUUGAGGAUGAUGACGUGGAGAUCGGUGAUGUCGUGGAUGGUGUCUUCUACUUCCAAUUGCCCCGGGAUUUAUCACAUUAAUUAGCUUGGUUAGUUAGUUGCAUGCUUCAUCGAUUAACCUAGCUAGAAGUGCUGGUUGUUUUCACUUUUCUUAUUCGACUUUUAAUUUCCUAGCUAGUUUCAUAGCCCUGAUCUUGUGUAAUCUAAGAAACAAGUAUCUAUAUAUGUUAGUGUUUGGUCUUCUUUGUCA